UUUCAACUCCUCCUCGUGAAUUCGCCAACGACUAGAGAUAAAGCAGAGACCGAGAGGGCGGAGCACCAAGAAAACGCCUCUUUUUUUUUUUUUUAACUUCCAUUUUAUACUUCCAAGUUCCAAAGCACCCCUCCUUCGCUUGUUAAUAUAGAAGACCUCGUGCGAUGGAUCGAUGAUCCUGCAAAUCCCGAUUCCAGAUUGUUGAGUUUCUGGAAAAAAGAGAGCGGUUUAAGAGGUUGCUGUAUCUGGCUUCUCCCAAGAUGCAAGCUUUGAGGUCCAGAUCUGGGUCCUCUGGAAUGGCGCAAAAGAACCCCCCUUCUAGCCCCAAUUCCAAGACUUCUCCAUCCAAAUCAAGCAAAGGAGGGCCUGCUUCAUCGGAUUCCUCGGACUCGAAGUCGUCCAAGGUUUUAGAUCGAAAGCCCUCGACGAAGGCCGCAUCUUUGCCGGAGAAACGAACCGUUAAAGUUUCAGAGACGCCGCAGCAACUGAGUCGGCUACAGGAGGAACUGAAGAAGGAGAAGGAGGAGAAGUCCCGGGCCCUCCAAGAGCUUGCUGAAAUGAAGAAGAGGAUGCCGUCUCAAAUGAAUGGAAAUGAGGGUCUGGGUAAGAGUAGAGUGGAGAUGUUAGAGAAAGAAGUGGAGAAAGCAAAGGAUUCGGAAAGGAAGAUGCUCGAAUCGCUGGUGUCCCAAACGAAGCAGCUUGAACAGACGAAGAUAUCGCUCGAGGAAGCCAACCUUGAGAUAAGGUCCCUUAAAGAGGGCAUGAAAAGCUUGGAGGGUUCUGCAGUCUCGGCUAGCCGAAGCGGUAGGCAUUUAGGGAGGCAUCUGGAGAAAAAUGGUCCAUCGGAUGUCGUUCGUGCUGAAGAGGAAAUAAGGAAGCUCAGGAACGAGCUUAAGUUAGCCAUGGAAGCAGAAGACAAGAGCAAGAGGGCCAUGGAUGAUUUAGCAAUUGCCCUUAAAGAAGUAACUACGGAGGCUAAUCAGGUGAAGGAGAGGUUCUCAAAAACCAAGUCUGAGUUGGAGAAUGUGAGAGCAGAAGCUGAACGCUCGAAAACUUUGUUGGAGAGUAUGGAAGAGAAGUUUCGGCUGGCAUCCGAAGAAUCUGAAAAGUUGAAGUUGGAAUUGGAGGAGUCAACUGCUGCCUGGAAUGUGAAAGAGAACGGGUUUAUAAGUUGUAUGAAGAUGUCUGAAGAGGAGAUUAGUAAAUUGCAUCAGGAAAACAGUAAAUUAAGUGAUUCACAACGGGCUGCAAGAGAAGAAAAUUUUAAGUUGAGGGAUAUACUAAAACAAUCCGUUAAUGAAGCUACUGUUGUCAAAGAAGCACUAGAGAUUGCCAGGAAUGAGAAUUCCCAGCUUAAGGACCUCUUGUCGGAGAAGGAAAAUGCCUUUCAGAGCAUAAGGCAAGAAUAUGAAUGCCUUAAGGUUAGCGAAGCUGCAGCCCUAGAUAGUGUUAAGGAACUGAAGACUUUGCUUGCUGCAACAUCAACUGGGGACUCAAGCAAAACCGUCACUUUGUCUGAGACUGGAUCAUUAGCACAGCCGAAGGAAUCCACCAAUGAUAGUAAAUGCACUACAGGAAUUUACAGAUUUCCAUCUGGUCGAUGGAACGGUGAGCGUCCACAACUUCAAAAUAGGCAUAGGCAUUCAAUUGGAGAGCCAGCAAAGUUAAAGGGGUCUGUAUUUGAUAUGGCGGGGUCCCCGGAGCAGAAGGAUCGGAGGUUUGCAUCACUCAGCAAUGUCUCUGACAGGAGGGCUGCUUCCUCAAUUGUCACGGAUGAUGAUUUUGAUUAUCUGGAUGGGCUUCAAUUAGAUGGCAUGGAGCAUCCGCCUGUGAAGCAGAAGAAAAAGGCUAUCCUUAGAAGAUUUGGAGACAUGCUGAGGAGAAAGACCUCCCACAAGUAGAAUUUAUUUCUCCACAGUAUUUUCAUAAACUUAUCUUCUUUGUAUCUUGUCAUUCUGAGUUCUUUGUUUUAAUUAAGUUUUGAAAAUAAGACAAAAGUAUAGCCGGCAGUAACUUCUUCAUUUUUGCAAGAAACCACAGCUGUAGUAUACACGGUUUGAAUAGAAUCAGUAAAGAGAUCUUAUUUGAUAUGCAGUGUGAAUUUAUUAUCUUUGUGA